AUGGUCGUGGUGUUCGAGUUCUUGUCGACGCUGCUGACGAUGGUGCAAUGCGUUCCGGCGGUCCGUGAGCAGAGAAGGAUAGGGACGUCGGGCGUAUUUCAGCGAACCUUGAUUGUCGCGAUCUUUGAGCAAGGCAUAGCCUACUACUGCUUCGUGUCUGUCUUCACGGUCACGGCCCUGAUUUUAAACUAUAUCGCACCCAAAGGCUUUCCUCAACGGUUACUAAACGCUUUCACCCUUCCCAUCUCCGGAAUACUCACCGCGAGGUUCAUCCUGCACCUGCGCACGAUGGCUGGCCAAGAUGUCAUCAUGUCGCAGGCCAGCACGGACGAUUCCCUCGAGCUGUCGCGCAUGACAUUCCAUGUACAAGAUAACCCCACGGUAGCGGCCGAGCCGUACGACGUGUCCCGUUCACCAAGCCGGUCACCAUCCUUUGCGCCUCCCUCGGAUAUAGAGGAUGAUGGGAUCGCGACGGAACCUGCGUCGACGCCCCGAAGAUUCGAUUCAGAUACCCUUCGUCCGCCGCAAAUUUUGUGA